UUGACUAGUGUGAAAUCUCCAGCACCAAUGCUAAGAGCAUGAUCUGGUUGCUUCAGUUUCUCGAGCUUCUCUCCAGCCUUGGCUCAGGGAACACAGUUUCACAAACCGGAGCACCCCCAUUGCUGGUGAACGGGGUGCUGGGGGAGUCGGUAACUCUUCCCCUGAAGUUUUCUGCAGAAGAAGAGAUCCAGUCCAUCACCUGGCUUCAUAAUCGAACCGUAGUAGCUAUCAUCUUCACACAGACAAAGCCACCACAGAUCCAGGUGACUGAUCCAGAACGGAAAGAUCGACUGAAAGUCACCCAGUCCUCCUCCUUGCAGAUCAACAACCUGACAAUAGCGGACAGCGGAUCCUAUCGUGCCCAGAUAACCACAGCAACCUCCAAGUUUUAUGAUUACAAUCUGUCGAUCUUCAGACGACUGAGGAAUUUACAAGUUGCUAAUGACACUCAACUCUUUGAGAAUGGGACCUGUGAGAUCCAACUGACCUGCUCUGUGGAGAAUCCAGAUGACCAUGUCUCAUUCAGGUGGCAGGUCGCAGGAAACACGGUUCUGGAGGAAGCAAAUCUCACUAUCUCUUGGGACCCCAAGAAUUCCAAUGAAGAGACAUACACUUGCAUAGCUAAGAAUCCUGUCAGCGAUUUAUCCUUCCCUUUCUCUGUCCAAAGUGUCUGCAAAGGUGUUUUUAACGAAAAAAAUCAACACGGGGUUAUCAUAUGGAGUAUACUAGUGCCUUCUUUGAUCUGUAUCGUUGUGUCCUUAAUUGUUUGGAGGAAAAAAGUAUCAGGUUCCUUAUGCUGUUCUACUCAGCAAACCCAGAGUCCUGCAGAGACCCCGAGGGACUCAGGGAAUGAGCCAACCUGUGCAGAGAACACUGUGUACGCUCGGGUCACUCAUCCAAACACGAAAACGGGAAUCCCAAUACCUAUGAAAAAUAAUGAUUCCUCUACAAUUUACUCCGUAAUUUGUCAACCCAAACAGUAAGCCCAUUCCUUCCAGGGCAACUGUUCUUGACAACAUCAUCUAAGUUGCUGAAAUGUCUCAAAGGAAUUCAGGAAUGACACAUCUUCUCCUGAUCCCAUGGGAGACACCAGAGCAGGAUUUCUGCCGGAAAACAGAAGUUGAAUAUCUAGGAUUAUCACUUCCAGUUCUUCAGACUUGAACCUUCUUACCUAGGUCAAACACCAGUGAACUGCCACGUGUCCAAAUUUGCAAUGGAUAUUAUAAAAAAAUAUAUAUUGAUGCAUAUUAGAGAAUACAAUGGACACAGACACUGGGGCGGUGGGGGCUUGG